UUUUGCUUUCUCUUUAUUUUUUAUCGGGCCAUUCUUAUUUGUUUCGUUGGGGACGACUUUCAUUUUGGUUUUCCAGAAGCAGAUGUACAUUAGACUCACCUCCUGACAGGAAGAUCAAGUGCUUUGGUCACAUCUUUUGUUUUUGGCCAUUUUUCCUUUACUCUUUUUAAAAACGUGUAGUGUUUUAUAAUUUAUUCAAACAGUUAUGCAGCAAACAAGUGAAACAAACUCAGGAAAUUCGGAUUUAGCAUCAUCAAUUGGAGAUUCAUGGCAAGACUUGUUAAAUAUUACCGCAGAUCCUCCGGAGAGAAGAACCAAAUGUGAAUCUUGCAAGCGCCCAAAAGUUGUCUGCUGGUGCUCAUCACUGCCAAAUCCCCCACUUGAUAUUGACAGUACUAUUGUCAUUCUCCAACAUCCUGCCGAAGAAAAACGUACACUUCGAACAGCUCUUAUGCUUCAGUUGGGUUUGAAACCCGGCAAAUGUGUUGUCUACAAGGGGAAAAAGUUUCCAACACCAAAAAAUCAAACAGAAUUGGAACCAAUUCUGAAAUCAGAAAAUUCAUUGCUACUCUAUCCUAGUAAAACGUCAGUGCCUUUAGAGAGUAUACGUCAACAAGCUGAGCAGAGUGGGGAAGGGCCAUUUACGCUUGUGCUCAUCGAUGGUACAUGGCCGCAGGCUAAGGCAAUGUAUGCCAGCAGUCCGUUGCUGCAUACUAUGCGUCAAGUUAAACUUAUUGCCGUUGGCACCAGUGACUAUAUUAUACGUACCCAACCCACAGAGGGAUGUCUCAGCACUCUGGAAACAGCUGCACAAUCCUUGGCUGUUCUAGAAAAUCGUCCAGAAUUGCGCACACUUUUGGUCCAACCACUACACACGCUAUGCAAAUAUCAGCUGGACAAUGGCGCCGUCGAACAUCAAUCCAAAGAGUUUCGUAUAAAAAACAAUCAAUAUCCCAAACAGAUUGGUAAACGUUUAAAUCGUUUACUGAACUACAGCAACAUAUGCCGACCAGAAGCCAAAGAUGCCGAAGGCCACAAUGAAGAUGAACAGCAUUUAAAUGAAAUUCGAAACUAUACAACCUCAGUAUCGAAUAGUUGAAAUAGCUUCCAAAUGCAACAAUAGCAAAUAAUUAUUAUUUUUCUUAGAAUAAUAAAACGAAAGUGUAUUUUUAAUGAAUAUUUGAAA